CGUGACUUGGAACGAUGGCGACGGUGCCUGCGACGCAAGACGACCUCGGCGACGUUUACGAACCCGCCGAAGACACGUACUUGUUCCUGGAUGCGCUGCAGGACGAGAAAGACUUCCUUGUGGCCUUGCACCCACGCAUCAUGCUCGAGCUGGGACCAGGGUCCGGCGUUGUUGGGGUCUUUGCAACCAACCAACUCGCGGCGGCAGGGAUCGACGACAUCGUUCUCUUCGCCGUCGACAUUAACGAGCAAGCUACUGCGUGCACCAAGAAUACCGCUUCGCUCAAUGGUGUGUCUCGCAUCGAGAUCCUUCGCAUGGACUUGCUAACCCAAGUGCGGUUGCGCCAGCAAGUCGACGUCUUGCUGUUCAAUCCACCGUACGUUCCCACUCCGUCCGACGAAGUUGGUUCCAUCGGCAUCGAAGCGGCGUGGGCCGGUGGAAAACACGGCCGUGAAGUCAUCGACCGUGUGCUGCCACUCGUCCAUGUUCGUAGGCUCAACCGUCGUCUUGCAUGGAGUUAUUCGCGUGGUAGGACGUGCUCACUCCGAGGGGGGUGUUUUACAUGGUCGUUGUCGCUGAAAACAAGCCCAACGACAUCGCGCGCAUCAUGCUGUCGCAAGGAUUUCACAUGGAGACGAUUCGGUCCCGAAAAGCGUUCAACGAGAGCCUAUCCAUCGUUAAGUUUACGCGGACGCCAGCGCAAUGAACUCCUCACGUCGACGCACCACCCGACCAACCUUCCUUGUCGAUGCUGCCCCCUGUACCCUCGCGUAUUCGUCACAAUUCAAUCACGUUCCUAACGAUGGCAAGGCGGGCACGUCGCAGGUGACGACUGCGCUUGGCCCAGCGACGCUUGAAAGGGGGCGAUUGCGCUA